GCGGGCUUCUGCUUCGCCAGCCUCUACAUAAGCAGGCCGUGCCCGCGGCUGCGCGCUGAUCCUGACCUUCAGUGUGUCGGCUCCAGCACCAUGGCGCCGUCCAGGAAGUUCUUCGUGGGGGGCAACUGGAAGAUGAACGGGCGGAAGAACACCCUGGGGGAGCUCAUCAACACCCUGAACGCCGCCAAGGUGCCGGCCGACACUGAGGUGGUUUGUGCACCCCCCACUGCCUACAUCGACUUCGCCCGGCAGAAGCUGGACCCUAAGAUAGCUGUGGCUGCUCAGAACUGCUACAAAGUGACUAACGGGGCCUUCACUGGGGAGAUCAGCCCUGGCAUGAUCAAAGACCUUGGAGCCACAUGGGUAGUCCUGGGCCACUCGGAGAGAAGGCAUGUCUUUGGGGAGUCAGAUGAGCUGAUUGGGCAGAAGGUGGCCCAUGCCCUGGCAGAGGGACUAGGAGUUAUCGCUUGCAUCGGGGAGAAGCUUGAUGAAAGGGAAGCUGGCAUCACGGAGAAGGUCGUUUUUGAGCAAACCAAGGUCAUCUCAGAUAAUGUGAAGGACUGGAGCAAGGUUGUGUUGGCCUAUGAACCUGUGUGGGCCAUUGGUACCGGAAAGACAGCAACACCUCAACAGGCCCAGGAAGUACAUGAGAAGCUCCGGGGAUGGCUUAAGUCCAACGUCUCUGAUGCAGUGGCUCAGAGCACCCGGAUCAUUUAUGGAGGUUCUGUGACUGGGCCAACCUGCAAAGAGCUGGCAAGCCAGCCUGACGUGGACGGCUUCCUUGUGGGUGGUGCUUCCCUCAAGCCCGAAUUUGUGGACAUCAUCAAUGCCAAACACUAAGUGCCAUCAUCUCCCCUACCCUUCCUGCUAAGCCAGGGGACAGACAGCCCAGAAGCCCAUCGAUGCCCCCCCAUGCUUCUGAUGAUGUCACCUGCCCCUCCAGCGGCCCAGUCCAGCGCACCUUCCUUGAGUGUUUACACCUCCCCAUAACGGUUGGGACCAGGCCAAUCCUUUCACCGCUUACUCUGAUCAGAGCUGCGAGGUUGCUGCUCCUUGACUGAGAGGCAGAAGGAAUGGAGCUUGCUCAUGGUCCCCCUCAGGCCCUGCUGAGGGCAGUAUAGAAGUCAUCCUCUCCAUCACACCUUGACAGUCCUCCCUUUAGAGGCAGGGAUGCUCCCCUCUCACAGUGCUGACCCUGUGUGUGCUGUGUCUGAGCUGUCCCACAUGUAAGGGAAAUAAACACCUGGCACUAAGGUA